AUGAUGCAAGAAUAUUUUUCUGAACUCCAAAAAAGUUUAGAUGGCAUUCCUUCUGAAGCAAUAAUCAAUUAUGAUGAAACCAACAUUACUGACGAUCCUGGAGUUAAAAGGAUCAUUGGCCAAAGAGGAUCAAAACGUGUGUACCGUAUAAUGGACAGUUCAAAAAGUAGUAUUAGUGUCAUGCUCUGUGGCACAGCUAGUGGUGAGCUGCUUCCACCUUAUGCAGUUUAUGGUACAUUGCAUGUGUAUGAUACUUGGAGGCAGGGCGGCCCAAAAGGUGCACUUUAUGGAUGUUCAAAAACCUCCUGGUUUAAUGAAAUUAUAUUUUCAGAGUGGUUCGAAGGAGUCAUACUUCCCUAUGUGAAGAAGCUGCCCAAAGAAGUGCCGAAGGCUGUAAUAGAUAACUUGUCCAGUCAUACCUCCAUAAAUGUUUUACAGAAGUGCAGGGAGCAUAACAUUAAAUUUAUAUUACUGCCACCCAAUUCAACACAUCUGUGCCAACCUCUUGACAUGGCUUACUUCCAUCCACUGAAGGCUGAGUGGCGCAAAGUUUUAGAUGAAUGGAAGUUGGAGAAUCGGAGUCCUAUUACGAAGGACAAAUUUCCUGCAGCACUGAAGAAGAUGCUCAAGGUUACGAAUUACAAUGACCAAACGAGACACAACUUAAAAGCCGGAUUCAAGAAAACUGGAAUUUUUCCAUUCGAUCCACAAGAGGUCUUGAAACUCAUUCCCAAAACUACUGAAAAUGAAGGUGACUCUCAAACACUGGACAAUGCAUUUCGUACAUUUUUGCGUGAAUUGUUCAGAAAGGAGACACAGCCACUUCGUGUGAGACGAAAGAGACUUUCUGUUCCACCUGGUAAAAGCAUUUAA